AGGAGGUCUUCAUUGAGGAAACACAAGUGAGCUGCCAUUCAAAGAAGAGCGACUGAGCGACCACAACUCCACUGAUUGCGUCUGGGCUCCAAAAGCAAUUCGGAACAACCAGAGUCAAACUAUAGAACAAUUUCUUUCAAUAUGUCAAAAGUCAAUCUCAGCAUUGUGGCAGUCACCAUUCUUCUGGUGGCGGGAACUUGGGCUCAGAAUCCCAGGAAGACAUUGAAACCACCAAAGCCAAGCAAGGCUCAGUGCUGCGAUGAGGUGCGUUCUCUUAAGGUUCAAGUGGCCAACCUGACCAGUCUCCUCGGGGAACUGAGUCGCAAGCAGGAGGCAGACUUGAUGAACGUCGUGAGGCAAAUCAUAGACCUGGACAAGCAAAACCGCCAGCAGGAAGCCAGGGUCACAGAGGCCGAGAGCAAGUACUCUGAAAUUAACAACCGCGUGGAAAUCAUGCAGCUUCAGUCUCUGCAGUCCGCUCCACAGACAACAUCAGAUGCCAUAUAUGACUGUUCAUCACUCUACACCAAGAACUAUAAGAUCUCUGGAGAGUACAAACUUCCGAAAGACGAGUUCCUGGGAACCCCUGAGCUAAGUGUGUUCUGUGAUAUGGAGACAAACGGAGGCGGCUGGACUCUUAUCCAGAGGCGUAAAGUUGGUCUGACGUCAUUUAACCGUGACUGGAAGCAGUACAAAAGCGGAUUUGGAUCCAUCCGCGGAGACUUCUGGCUUGGCAAUGACCACAUAUUCCGUCUAACAAGGCAGCCCAGUGUGCUAAGGAUUGAGAUGGAGGACUGGGAAGGAGAGACUCGUUAUGCUGAGUAUGGCCUUUUCACCGUGGCCAAUGAGCUCAACAGCUACAGGCUUUUCCUUGCCCACUAUAGAGGCAAUGCUGGAGAUUCCCUGCGCUACCAUAACAAUACCAACUUCAGCACCCUCAACAAAGACAAUGACAAGUGUGUCGAUAACUGCGCUUCAUUACGCAAAGGUGGUUACUGGUACAACUGCUGCACCGACUCAAACUUGAAUGGAGUCUUUUACCGCUACGGUGAGCACAUGAAGAGCACAGAUGGGAUCACUUGGUAUGGAUGGCAUGGUCCCAAUUACUCCCUCAAAAAGGUGGAGAUGAAGGUCCGGCCAGUAAAUUUCCAGCCAUAAUUUCUACAGAUGUACAUCCUUGAUCAAGAUCCCAUGAGAUCUCAACUUAUACACCAUCAGCCAAAUGAUGGCUUUCCCGCAGUUGCCAAAAGAAGUCAAUUUAUUUGUUUUUGGCCUGAUUAGGUUUAAGUCAGUUGAAUGUUUUGAUGGUAUUUGGGUGUGGUUGUAAAUUGUAGUUGUGUUUAAUAUAUUGAUCAGUAAAAUAUUGCAUUUUUUAACUCUUAAAUAUAUGCUCUUUUUUUCCCACUGUACCACAUGGGUGGCUGGAUUAUGACUCAUUUAUACUUGCAAAUAUCAAGAAAGCAUUUUUUUGCUACUUGAUCAGUAGCAAAGAUACGUCAAGAUGGAUAAAAUUUAUUUCAUGAAUGGGUAAAACCCUUUUGUUUCAAUUGUUAGAAUAGGGCCAAAUAUAUUUUAUUUGUGCAGCAUUUUAUUUUAAAACCAACUAUUGAUGUCUGAAAUGUGUCAUUUGUGAAAUGUGUACAGAGCUUUAAGUAUGCCGUUUUUAUGUGACAGAAAAUAAAAAUAUUUUUUAAACGAAA